AUGUCUAAGUUAGGCGUGGCCCCUCCAGUUCUGGGCAUCGAGAGCCUUUGGAAGCACCGGAGGGCACCAGCGGCUCCGCGGGGACAGUUAGCUGCGCCCAGUGCCCGCGCCCAGGUCAUGCGUGCUGCCCAGCUCAUUGUCAGGGCAGGUGUGGUGCCCUCCCUGUACCCAGAACCGGCUUCCCAGGCCCACGUGGACCUCAUGGAGAUCAUUGGUCUCCCGCUGUCCCCAUCCGUGUCCUUUGUCACAGGCUAUGGUGGCUUCCCAGCCUACAGCUUCGGGCCUGGCGCCAACGUGGGCCGCCCGGCCAGCGUCCUCAUCCCGCCCACCUUCUUCUGGGACUUUGCCAUCAGUGUCAUCGUGAAGCCCAGCAGCGACCGAGGCGGCAUGCUCUUUGCCAUCAUGGAUACCAACCAGAAGGUCAUCCACCUGGGCCUGCAGCUCUCGGCCGUGGAGGACGGCCACCAGCGGGUCAUCCUCUACUACACAGAGCCCGGCUCCGCCGUGUCUCGGGAGGCUGCCGCCUUCUCGGUGCCCGCCAUGACCCACAGGUGGAACCGAUUUGCUGUGAUGGUCGAGGGCGAGGAAGUGAUCCUCCUGGUGGACUGCGAGGAGCACAGCCACGCCCCCUUCCAGCGGUCCUCCCGGGCCUUGGUUUUCGAGCCCACAACCGGGCUCUUUGUGGGCAGUGCAGGAGCCAGGAACCUGGAGAAAUUCAUCGGCUCCAUACAGCAGCUCACCAUCCACUCCGACCCCAGGGCUCCUGAGAAGCGAUGUGAAGCCGAAGAAUCCUCGGCAUCAGGAGAGGCCAGCGGGCUUCAGGAGACAGACGGAGUCACGGACGGAGUCGCUGAGAUCUUAGAAGCCGACACCUACACUCAAGCCCCGCCUAAAGAAGCAAAAGUUGAACCCAUUAACACACCUCCAACUCCAACCUUUCCCUCUGAGGAUUCGGAACUUUCUGGGGAGCCCAUACCUGAGGGGACCCUGGAAACCACCAACCUGAGUGCCAUCCUGAACAGCAGCACUGAGCAAGGGUCUGGUGACAUCCUGAAUGACACUCUGGAGGAGGUCGAUGCUAUGAACGGGGUCCCCGUUACAGACCCUGGCUCCGGGGAUGGGGCCUUCCUUCAUGUCACUGAAGAGAGUCCACACACUAAAGAAGAUUUGGCAACGACAGCAGCAGCCAGAGAAGCCGAUGUGACCAUCAGCACUGCCUGGGAUGCUGAAGUGGCCGUCAGCACUGCAGGGGAAUCCAAGGGGGGCAGUGUGCCCACCGGGGGCCCGGCCCUCUCCAUGUCCACCCAGGACCCUGGGGAAGGGGACACUCCAAGUCCAGACACUGAAGAAGGCUCAGCAGUGAUAUCAAUGGAGGAGGCUGAGAUGCCCACCAGCACUGACAGGGAAGCAGAGGCCAGCACAGUGCCCAUCGGGGAACCGGCCCUCUUCAUGUCCACGCAGGAGCCUGAGGAAGGGGUCAGUCUGGGUCCAGUCAGUGAAGGGACUUUGACAACAGCAGCAGCUGCUGCAGAAAUGCCCCUGAGCACCUGCGAGGACGAGGAAGAGGAAGAGGAGGCCAGCAAGGCUCCCACCGGUGGUCCCCCUCCUGGCACACCCACAGCAGCCCCUGAGCAAGCAGUCACUUUUGGUCCUAGUGAUGAAGACUUGGUAGCAGCCACAACGGAGGAGCCCCUGUCCAGGGCUGAGGCGGAGGAGUCGGGCAGCACUCCCCCCGAGGGACCCCCACUGCCCAUACCCACAGUGACUCCUGCAACCACGGUCCCUCCGGUCACUUCGGUGGGAGCAGAGGCAGAGGGCUCUGGCCUGGGCUGGGGCUCGGAAAUCGGCUCUGGCUCUGGUGACCUGGGGCGCAGUGAGGAGCUGUUAAGAGGUCCCCCGGGCCCCCCGGGCCCACCUGGCUUACCUGGGAGUCCAGGAAAACCGGGAACUGAUGUUUUCAUGGGACCCCCUGGAUCUCCUGGAAAGAACGGAGCUGCCGGUGAACCUGGGCCCCGGGGCCCCAAGGGACAGCCUGGACUUGACGGAGCCUCCGGCCGUCCUGGGACAAAAGGGGAGAAGGGAGCAAGAGGGCCUAAUGGCUCCGUUGGUGAAAAGGGUGACCCCGGCAACAGAGGCUCACCAGGACGCCCAGGGAAAAAUGGACAAGUUGGCACUCCUGGGAUCAUGGGACCCCCAGGGCCUCCUGGGCCCCCAGGUCCCCCAGGCCCUGAGUGUACAAUGGAACCUGAAUUUCAGUAUACUGAAGGCUCUGGAACCAUCAGGCCACGGCAUGAACCCAGACUCUCAGGACCAAAUGCUUCAAAUGGUCUCAAAGGAGAAAAGGGAGACCCGGGGCUCAAGGGUGAAAGAGGGAUGGAUGGCACCAGCAUUGUGGGACCUCCUGGACCUAGGGGACCACCAGGGCGCAUCGAAGUCUUGCCUAGUUCUUUGAUCAACAUGACCCACGGAUUCAUGAAUCUCUCCGACAUUCCCGAGCUCACUGGGCCUCCGGGCCCGGACGGCAAUCCUGGGCUUCCAGGGUUUCCAGGCCCUAGAGGACCAAAAGGUGACACCGGUGUGCCUGGAUUUCCAGGACUCAAAGGAGAACAGGGCGAGAAGGGAGAGCCGGGCGCCAUCCUGACAGGGGACAUUCCUCUGGAAAGGCUGAGGGGGGAAAAGGGUGAACCUGGAGUCCACGGAGCCCCAGGACCAAUGGGGCCCAAAGGACCGCCAGGACACAAAGGAGAAUUUGGCCUCCCCGGACGACCUGGUCGCCCAGGACUGAAUGGCUUCAAGGGUGCCAAAGGAGACCGAGGCGUCAUGAUGCCGGGCCCACCUGGCGUACCUGGUCCUCCAGGCCCCCCUGGACCGCCGGGAGCAGUGAUUAACAUCAAAGGAGCUGUCUUCCCCAUACCAGCCCGGCCACACUGCAAGAUGCCAGUUGGUACGGCUCAUCCUGGGAAUUCAGAACUCAUCACCUUUCACGGUGUUAAAGGAGAAAAAGGAACCUGGGGUCUUCCAGGCUCCAAAGGAGAAAAAGGCGACCAGGGGGCCCAGGGACCACCAGGCCCUCCAAUGGACCCAGCUUACCUAAGACAUUUUAUAAACAGCUUGAAGGGGGAGAAUGGAGACAGGGGGUUUAAAGGAGAAAAAGGAGACUCUAUCGGCGACUUCUCUGUGUCAGGACCUCCAGGCCGGCCAGGAAGCCCAGGCCUGGCUGGUCAGAAAGGGGAGACUAUCGUUGGGCCCCAGGGACCCCCAGGUGUUCCUGGCCUACCUGGGCCACCUGGCUUUGGAAGACCUGGUUCUCCUGGGCCACCGGGACCCCCAGGGCCACCAGGACCUCCAGCUAUCCUAGGAGCAGGGGAGACUAUCGUUGGGCCCCAGGGACCCCCAGGUGUUCCUGGCCUACCUGGUGCCAGGAACUCUGUUACAGCCCUGAGGAGCAUGGACGACAUGCUGCAGAAUGCACAUUUGGUGACAGAAGGGACAUUCAUCUACCUGAGGGACAGCACCGAGUUUUUCAUUCGUGUCAGAGACGGUUGGAAAAAAUUACAGCUGGGAGAACUGAUCCCCAUUCCUGCCGACAGCCCUCCACCCCCCGCGCUUUCCAGCAAUAACCUACAUCCGCUUCGGCCUCCACUGACGUCUGUUUCAAGUGUCAAUUAUGGGAGGCCUGCACUGCACUUGGUUGCUCUGAACAUGCCAUUUUCUGGGGACGUUCGAGCUGAUUUUCAGUGCUUCCAGCAGGCCAGGCAUGCAGGACUGUUGUCCACCUACCGAGCAUUCUUAUCCUCCCAUCUGCAAGAUCUCUCCACAGUUGUGAGGAAAGUGGAGAGAUACAGCCUCCCAAUAGUAAACCUCAAGGGCCAAGUACUUUUCAAUAAUUGGGACUCAAUUUUUUCUGGCCAUGGAGGUCAGUUUAGUACACAUGUUCCAAUAUACUCCUUUGAUGGCCGAGACGUGAUGACAGAUCCUUCUUGGCCCCAGAAGGUCGUUUGGCAUGGCUCCAACCCCCAUGGAGUGCGUCUUGAGGAUAACUACUGUGAAGCAUGGCGAAGCGCCAGCACAGCAGUCACGGGAUUGGCCUCCCCGCUGAGCACGGGGAAGAUUCUGGACCAGAAAGCAUAUAGCUGCGCGAGUAGGCUAAUUGUUCUCUGUAUCGAAAACAGUUUCAUGACCGACGCUAGGAAGUAAUGACCUUCCCAUGACCUUAAGAGUUCCCCAAUUUUUCUUAUGUGAAGAGUUGACACUGAAAUCUAAAAUGUUUAAAUGUUGUAAAUAUUGGUGGGUUUUUUUAUUAUUACACAUUCAUCACAACAGCAACCAAAGAAAACAUACCUCAAUACACUCAAAACUGAAGACAUCAACAACUCAGAUCAAAGAUAAACAUCUGAUGGGUAUAUUGGUGCUAGACGCUGCAGGAAACCCCAGGCAGUGCGAACACAUCCCAACGUGGCCGAGAGCACGUUGUAGACAAAAGGCCUUGGCAUGCUCCCGACUGCAUCCUUCAGAAAGUAAUUUCCUCCUUUCAGCCAUUGUUGUUGAGUGUAAGAUGUCCUUCAUGUUUUCUUACAAAGUCGGUGUUUAGAAAUAUUACCCUUCUUUAAGUUAUGUGCAGACCCAAUGCUUUAUUCUUUAAUAUACACCCAUCAUUUGCAACUGCUGUUCAUACAGAGAUACCGAACUGCUCAAAUGAUCCUAUCUGUAGUUUCUGGUAUUAUCAGAUUUUAAUGUUUUUAUUUUCUGAAAUAUUGUUAUCAUGCUUUAGGAGUUUUAUAUUUUUGCUACCAUCAUAUUUUAGUAUGGCAUCUGUUUAUAUCACUCUGACUUGCUGGAAAAGUUUAAACUCCCAGUUAUCUGAAACUAGAAUAGAAAUAACACGUAAUUCCUACCUUUCCCUUGGUGGCCCUUCCCCCCACCCCCACCCUGAUUUUAUGAUUUCCCAUUUGGCAUCUCUUGAAUUAUAACUGCGAUUGAACAAAUGGGUUCAUGAGGAUGACUUUUCUGAGAUACCUAUAUUUCAUGCUGUAUACUUUGAUUUUUUUCCAUGUAAGUGAACAUAAAAACAUCUUUUCCAGGCGC